GAUUUUAGCUAUUUGAAAUGAUACAUUGGAAUUAUUUUGACAGUUUGCUGUUUAAAAAGACUGGAUUUAUUCAUGCUCACAUUAAUUAUUUUUUAAUGAUUUUUUGAAAAAUAUUAAUUAAGUACAAUUAAGUACUAAAUAGAACAAAGUGUUAAAUAGACGAUCUCUAAGAUAAGGUUUGUAUAUUUAAAAUGUGGGUGUUGUGGACAAAGAAAGCUAUUAAAAACUUCACAUUCAAAUGCAGACUUAACAACGUGUUUUAUAAGCACGUUCUUUAAACAGGUCGAAGGACUUUCAAAAUUUAUUAUCAUGUUUAUCAGUGAUGAUUAAGGAACUACAUACUGCGUACGGUGCAUAGAGAGAAAUUACUUUUUGGAUUAAAGUUUAUCACAAAAAGAAACCAGUGAAGAACAUGUUGCUGAAGCAUUGAUUAAAAGAUACGGUUAUGUUCGAUGGAUUUAUUUUGAGUGCAUUUACACGAUACAGAUUUUAUUUCAUCGCAAACAUUUUGUCACCAGGAUCGUUACUGUAGUUGUGUGCUAUUCAGUGACAGCUGAUGUAUUUUGUAUCCAAAAAAAAUGCUGAAAAUGUCGCCCUACUAAGGGGUAGACUUCCUUGUUAGUUCACUUGAGUGUUGAUUUACAAUAUAUAUAUUAGAUGUACAAUAUAUCAGAUGUAUAAUACCAUAUUUGGUGUGUGAUAUUUUAAUAAAUAAGGAUAUAUUGAAUUACACAGAAAUUGCUUGCUCAUAUAACAUGCUAAAUUGUGUCACCAUAUAUGGGAAUUAAAAGAAUAUUGCCAUUUACUCAGUUACUAUAAUGGCCUUCAGUACACGGAAUUAUUCGUAACUGCAAUAUCAUUACGCAGAGAGAUGCUCAGUCAUAGCGUUUGUCUCUCGAUGGUGAUAAAUUUAUCGGAUGCCAUUAUAUUUGUAUUUUACGACUCCUUUAAUGCUGCUUGUCACGAUGCAAAGUUGAUGAAUUUUAGUGGCACUAUAGUGAGAACUCUUAAUUGACCUGGAUUUUAAAAAAUGUGCGCAGAAGAAACAGAUUAUUUGCAGACUGAAAAUGAAAAAAGAAUAACUGAAUACUGAAAGGUUUACAGUAAAUUGUUUGUCAAUAGCUUUUGUCAUUGAUGAAAUGGAUAGAGAAGAACGAGAAUAUUGAGUAUAAAUCAAAGUUGAUGAACAAAUACAGUGUAAUUUUUGUGUACACAUCUGAAUUAAAAUUUGAAAAAUGAAUACAGUGUGAACUCUGGAAAAAAACACGCAUUCAAUGCUGGCGGACAGAUAUCUACUAGAUGAAGAGCAGUGGCGGACAAUGGUUGGGGACGUUUAUAGUUGCUAUGGCAACCAAAGAUGCAGACAAGAUUUUCGUAAGAACAAGUGUUGUGUUCAUGUGUGGAGUUAUUACAAAGAUUUGCGCAGUUCUCGAUCAGCGUUGAAAAAGCUACGGAAGCUUUUCAACACCGUUAGAUUCGUAACUAAGUUAAAACCAUGUUUCAGCGAGAGCUACUUCGCAGUGAAGGGAGCUGCGCUGAUCUUGCCACAAAAUGAUGAAACCGUCUACACUCGACGCCAUAACAAAAACCAUGCCGGUGACGACAUACAAAUGCAUCUACAAGCCAUGUUCAGUCUUCUUCGGCCCUCUGAUACAAUCAAAGUGGCGGUCAAAUUGGAAGGUGAACACACACGUUACCUGGCAGUCGUAUCAUGUAUCGGUCGUCAGGACACAGAGGAAUCAGUCAUCCUCGGAAUCGACAUUCUUGAGCAAGCCUCCGUCGGCCUCAUAUUGCCUGUUUGGGCUCACACAGAGAUCUCGCUAGAUGGGGAUGGAGGUUUCACCAUCAAAAUCGAGAAUAACACCCAUGCAUUUAAACCUGUCUCUGUACAGGCCAUGUGGUCAGCAUUACAAAGCCUGAACAAAGUGGUGAAGAUCGCAAAAGACAUGCUCUACAUUCCGCGCGGCCUUACACACACUUGGGUGGGGUAUUAUGAGGGGCUACUCUCGAAAGAGUCAUAUCUUGUUUCUGAAUGGACUGCCUGCAAGGAUCGUGACCUAUCCUACAGAGCUGAUCCUAAAUUACGUACAGAAUUUUCCGGUCGCCUGCUCCGUCGUACCCAGUCCACUCCUGUAACAUCGAAUAUGAACACCUACCAGCAAGAAGAAGAUAUAUAUCGGGUGAUCAAACAUGAGUUGAAGAAUGUUAUGAUGGAGGUCGACCUUGAAGAAGUGACCUGCAUCUUUCUGCGCAAGGCAGUUGAGGCAAAAUUAGGCCGCGACCUGAAGGAGUAUCGAAGCUUCAUCGACGCGCAGAUGAUGGAGAUCCUAGGACAAAUGGACGCCCCAUCCAAGAUUCUCGACCACCUCUACCUGGGAUCUGAAUGGAACGCUUCAAACCUGGAGGACCUGCAGAAUAAUGGUGUCCAACACAUCUUGAACAUAUCACGGGAGAUCGACAACUUCUUCCCGGGGAUCUUACACUACAUGAACGUCAGGGAGUGGGACAAUGAACAGGCAGACCUGAUGAAAUACUGGGAACACACACAUAGAUUCAUUAACAAAGCAAGGAAGAGGGGUAGCAAAGCCCUUGUUCAUUGCAAGAUGGGUAUCAGUCGAUCUGGGUCCACUGUGAUAGCUUACCUCAUGAAAGAGAAGAGAAUGUCCCUGGAAGAGGCCUUCAAUUUCACAAAAAGUAAAAGAUCCAUUGUCAACCCAAACAACGCAUUUAUGGCCCAGCUGGAGACAUACCAGGGAAUCCUCAAUGCUAAUUGGAACAAAGAGAAGUUUGAAAAUCAAGUUAUACCAAGACCACUUGCCAAGUUGGCCGAGGAGGAGAUACCACCUGUUGAGUGCUUCCAGUCACCGGAGGAUUUACUUGAAUAUAAACUAGGCAAAGAUCUUGCUGAAGGUGGUGAUCUCCCAUACCUGCACACAGAACAUGACAUUGAUAUUGCAUCUCGAAGUGCCGACUCGACUGAGGACUCCCAUGAAGACCAACUCUCACCAAAGUCUGCUGACGACCAUGGUUCAAAAAAGUUCAAAUAUCGCAAAUCAGAUGCGGAAAAGAUGGAAAGUGGGGAUUUAAAUGAUAGUUCUGACACAGAUUCUGAAUCCACUGAAUCAGAAGAGUUUUCUUUUGGUGAAGACUUUAAAUGUGAGGAUGAUGUUAUGGUCGAUGAUGAUGAGAAAGAUGGUGCUUCAGGAUUUAAACCCAUAGAUUUGCCAGAUGUGCUUAUCGAUGCUGUGGAAGAGAGAAUGAAGCCUAGAGUAGUGGACUCUAGGAGAUGCAAGUCAGAGGGUGAUAAAGGGACUCUUGCCGUAAUUGAAAAUAUGGAUGGUGGUUUUUCAAGGGAAGGUUCAGUUUCUAAGUUUAGAGCAGAUGGUAGCUGGAUUAAACCUCCCAGUAAAGAUGACAUGAUUGAUGAUAAUGGUGAGGUUAUUGAAUUUAAUGAAGGCGUGGAUGAAGACACUAAUGAUAAUGUGGCUGAUAGAUCUGAAGGAAUAUGGAUCGGGGACAAAAGUGUUGAUAAGGAACCUGAACCUAAUGAAAACAAAAAUGCAGAUUCAAUGGACAUGGAUGAAAGAGAUAUGUCUCAGGGAGAUGUGAGACAGGAUCCUUAUACUAAAGAAAAUAUAUCAUGGGAAGCUGGCUCAGUGAUAAAACAGAAAAAAGAUAUUGAGACGAAAUAUGGCUCAGGAACUGUCACUUCUGUGAAAAAGCCUGAUACAUCGAGUCCAUCCAUUGAAAUCUCAGGUGAACCAGAGAAAAAUACUCAGAAUUUAGUAAAAUCAUCAUCAAAUCCAGAGAUUACUGUUGAAAACGAAUCAGAACUUUUUAAAUUGGAGUCACAUGACCUGAGUGGCCAAUCAGAAGGCAGCAGUGGUGCUGUAAGCCAAUCAGAAAGCAGGGAUGAUGGUGAGGGAAGGAAAUCGGUGUAUGAGGUAGAAGAAAUUGACCUUCCAGAAGGCAUAGUAAGAAAAACCAGGCUGGAAAUAGAAGAGAAACAUAGAUUGUCACUCGAGAGCCCAAGAACAAAACUGAAGAGAUCUUCAAGCUUGAAAUCAAACCGUGUCACCCCAAAAGCCAGGGACCGGGAUAACGAGAGGAGAAAAACUUGCAUAGCUCUUCUUUCCCCCACCCACCCAGAUUACACAGGGCAUGGUCAGUCUGGGUUACUCAGUCCCACAUCUUGGUCACUAGGAGCUUCAUCUGCUCCAUGUCAAGCAGGAGCUCGCAUGCAUUCUUCUGAUGACUCAGAUGAAGACGAAAACCAGUCUGGUUCAGUGAAGGUUUACAAAUUCAUGGGAGAGGAAGUGACAGUUCAAGAAGGGAUGGUCAAGAAGCAGAAACAAGAUAUAGAGAAGAAAGGUUCACAUCAACUCCAAACAGCAGACACCAGUCCAUCAAGCCGUGACCGAAUUCUCCUUAAAUCGGAAAGUGUUUCCGAUUUCCGUCAUGUCCAACCAGAACAGACAGAUUCUAGUUCGAAAAUCGAUAAAUGUACAAAAUACUCCCCUGUUAGUUUUAGGCGAGAAAAAUCAUCAUCAAUUUCUGAAUCCAAUGACUCGCAAUAUUCCGGUGAAAGAUUUGAUCAUAAUUUAAAUUCAAGAAGCAAUUCCUUUAGUAGGAAGGAUUCAUUCACAAGCAAAGAUUCAUUUGGAUGCUCCCCUCCUAGCGGAUCUAGUUAUCCUUUGAAUAAUGUAACUCCUCCAAGAAAACAGUCAGUGACUAAACAGAAAAGCCGAUUUGAUCCGGAAACUUUGGCCUUAAUUCGCGAGAUUGGUUCAGCUUUGUUAAACAGUCCUGCUAAAGCUGAAUUAGAAGAUGACGAUGAUGUGGAUUUGAAAGAGGGUGAAAGCCUCGUUAGUCACUAUGUUAAAAAAAUUGAGAAGACCUCAAAGGUUACUCCACGGAAAUCUAAACGAGAGAUUAUAAUAAUUGAUAAGAUUGACUCAGGUAGUGAGAAAGGUAAAUCUCAGUUGGCGAGCCGGACAUCUCCAGUUUCAAAGAAACAUGACACUGAUGAAGUGCCAUCAAAAUGGAGCCCUUUGUCGAAAAGACCUUCUUUCUCAACUAUUUCUCCUGAAGGAAAACGAAGUCAAACUACAAAGGAAUGUGAUAAUUACACGCAAUCUCCUGUACGCAAUAAGACUGAGAAUAAUAUUUGUGUAAAUAAAUUUCAGAAUGUUUCUGAUACUCACCAUGAGGAAUCUAUUAUGUCAUUGAACUUACAACAGUCAGAUUUGAGCGAUAGUUCUAGCAAUAAGGCAACUCAUGAUGAUAAUAGUGACUCAAGCGAGGUUUGCUCAGUAAAAGACUUGUGCGGAAAGUUUGAAAUACCAGAUCCAGGUGCUUUGAAGGUGUCGCCAAUUGUUAGUCCUUCGGGCAUUUCUCCAGUGUUUUCUGGUGCUAAACUUGAUUUAAAAGGUGUUGAAAUAAAAUCCUCAUCUCCUCAUUUACCUUUACUUACCUCUGAAGGUCAUGAUAGUGUCAAAGGUCAAGGUCAAAUUGGGACAAUUUUGCCCCUACUCAAGAGACAAACGGAGCCUUCAAUUCAUUUAAGCGAUCGAUCUAUGAAAAUGUUUGAAUCAAAAUGGCGUGAUAUUGGAGAAAAUGUGGUUAUAUGUAAACAUGACACAUCCCCGGUAAGGGAAGAAAGUGAUGACCUUGACUAUGAUAACAAAGGUCAUCACAAUGAAGGUCAAGGUUAUAAAACGAGUAAUAAUUUAAGGCCAAAAUCAUCGCAACCUUCGGCGAAUAGGGGUCAUAGAUCUCUCGGAUCAGCCACUGGACAAAAGUUUUACAAACAGUCGCUUUCGAUGCAUGAAUCAGGAAUGGGCGAACAAGAUUCACAGUUUACGUGGGAGGGGAAAAAGGUUCGCAAGUCCUACGGAAAGUCUCAUCCACUCGCAAAACUUGAAAACAGACAAUCAGAGGCACGAAAAAAUCCUUUUUACAACACUAUGUAAUAAUUUUUAUGACCGCAAAUUACAACUUUACUUUGUAUUUCUACCUUACAGGAACUAUAUAGUUUUAAUGAACAUGUACAUGUACUUAUGUAAUGCAUUAUUAUAUAAUGUUGAAGUCUUUAUGACAAUGACUCAUCAAAAUAUUACCUCAAGGAUAACCUUAAGGACUUAAGGACAUACCAUAUAAAAAUAAUUGCAUUAUACCCAGUCUUUAAAAGGUGACCUAAGUAUUUUCUCUAUAAUUAAUAUGAUGUUACUUGAUACUUUUUGAUUGGUGGAUUUAUCAACAUGUUUUCGCUUACUUAACUUACAGUUGUUGUUUUUUCUGAUUUAUUUUUAACACAGAUAUAUAUGUUAACUGAAAUAUAUAUAGUAACUGAUUUACAAAAUACCAAAUAACAUGCUUAACUUACAGUUAUAAUUAAAAAAAUCUAGACUAAACGCAAAUAUUUGUUUGUGGUAUGUCUCCACUUUGACGUAUUUCAUUUGACAAUAAUUUUGUUAAGUUUGUUUAAAUAUUGUUAAGUUUUGUGCUUACAGUUUACUUAUUUAAUAUCCGAGGCAUGAUCUGGCAAACGUCCUGUGUCAUAUCACUUUAGAAAUUAAAUCAUUAAUUUAAAAAGUAUACACAAUAAUUUUUUUGGGGUUAUACAUGUCGGGAAGAAAAUCCAACAUGUAUGUGAACUUAAAUGAUAAAAAAUCUUCCAGCCUAUCUUUAAACAAGAAUAUAAGUUAUAAAUGAACUUGACAUUAUUAGAAUACUACAACUAUAAUUAUCACGGCUUCUUAAAACUGACAAUUUGCCGGUCUGGACCGAUUUUGACAACACCAGACGGAUUACAGUAACAGAAAAUGGAAAAAAAAUCUGAAAGGUCUGAAAUUUGUUCAUUUUGUUUUAUAAUUUCGGUCCAAAACUUUAAUAAAUAUGUAAAAAUUGUAAAACUCAAACCUAUUUUGUCAUUCACACAUCCCCCAAUAAAAGUUACAGGACCGGAUAAUUAUAUAUAUAUAUAUAUAUAUAUAUUUAUAUAAAUGAAAGCAUUUGUUCCUGCAUUUAUGAUAUAUUAAAAAUACAUUUCAAAAAGCCCCAACUUGAAAUACAUAAUACAGAUUUUAAAGAAAUGGUAUAUAGUAUUUCAGAUGUACAUGUACACUUGAUUUUACAAAAUUAUGUAGAUUUCUUUUGUAUAUGUCUCUGUUAAGUUGAGUUCUCAAUAAAUUGAAUUAAUGUCUUGACUAAGCAUUAAAGUGCACAUAUAUGUUGAAUAUUUCCUUUCAUUUAUGUGCUAGAUCUCGGUAUUUAUCAUCAUGAUGCAUUAUAAAGAGAACAUUCCAUGAAUGUAACUAUGACGAUGUUCUCUGUUUAACAUUUUGAUGUAUACGUCAUUGUGGUAGUUGAGCAGUAAUGAUACUUUUGUGACCUGCCUCCAUCAAAGGGGAGGUUUUUGUACCAGUUUAUUGUAAUUUUCCCUAAACUCAGUGCCCUUGAUGUUCGUAAAGGUUAACAAUAUUUGUAAAAGUAGAAAUAAAUUGUUUCGUUUUUUUGUUGUUUUUUUCCGAAAAAUAUAAUGUGAGAUCAUUCAAAAAAUCCUGUAAUAAAUUUUUCCAAUUGUGAGAUCAUGUUUAAUCAUUUAUAAGUAUAUAUAGGAGUCAUUCCAGUUUCGCACAGAUUUUUAUUUUUCCCCUGACAGAGGGUUUCACUGUUUCAGAGAAAAGUAAUGGUAUAAUGUCACCCUGUUUAAUAUUUAUAUUGGGUCGAUUGUUCAGAAAAUUGUUUAAUUUAAAAACAUUGUUAACUGGAUCAUUGUUAACUUUCAAAUCUUUAAUACUCUGAAAGUUUCAUAGACAAACAUGUGGUCUCCAGUACUUUAUACAAAAAUUUAGACAGCUGAUUUAGCUAAGAUUAUUUUACUUAUUAAGUAUAUCAGCCCUUCAUGAAAUAUUCCACCUUUGAAAGUUAACAAUGGUGCCGUUAACAUUGUUGUGAACUUUAACACAGUUCUGAACAAUCAGCCCAAUGUCACAUGAUGUCAUUUCUGUUUGAUAUGCUGGUCUUUCAUUAUAUGAAAUAUGAAAAUUGUUACAUCUUUUUCAGUUAUAUAUCUUUAAUCAUGUUUUGCCAGUGAUGAAAUGUUGUCUUGUCUGAAUGUUCAAGUAUUCGUUUAAAUUAGAUAUAUUGUACGUUUCUUAUGUAGUUACUUUAGUCUUUCACUUAAACAUGAUAUUAGAAUAUAUAUACAUUAAGACUUAACCCCUGUUAUGGUAAAUCGUACAUAUUAUCCAACCACAUAUAUAAGUUUAAACGAUUUAAGAUUAUAACAUGCAGACAUUUUUACACUUGGAUAAGUUGUCCGGAGGUGAUCUUUAGGGUAGUUGGCACGUUUUUAUGCCCCCGAAGGUGGGCAUAUUAAAAUCGCACCGUCCGUCCGUCCGUGUGUCCGGCUCAAUAACUCAUGUCCGGGCUGUAACUUUCCCUUGUAUGGACAGAUUUUAAAAUAACUUGCCACAUGUGUUCCACAUACCAAGACGACGUGUCGCGUGCAAGACCCGUGCCCCUACCUCAAAGGUCAAGGUCACACUUGGGUGUUUAUUCACAAUGGAAUGCUGCAUAUAUAAGGACAUAACAGUGUCGGUUGUCAACUAUGGGUGGUAUUUUUUAUGUUUAGAGGCAAUUUAAAAUAACUUGCCAUAUGUAUUUGAAAGGCAAGAUCAACUUUUCAUGUACUGACCUUGUUCAUAGGUCAAUGUCACAAUCGGGGGCAUUCGUCACAUACUGUGACAGCUCUUGUUAAAUGAUAUGAUUGGUUAGUUAUAUUCAUCUAAUAAAUAUAUUGUCCUAUCAAUAAAAAAGUUGGCUAACAAUUAUUAAUCCCAAAAAAUAGCUAUUUCAUGCAAUUGGUUGCAUUUGGGUGAAGCUAUGGCAAUUUUAAUUUUAUAGCAGCUGUGGGUUCAAGGACAUUAACUGGCCCCAUUACCCUACAAAUUUUCACCAGUAUUGCAAUUUUGGGAUUUAACUUUCAUUCUCUUUUGCAACUGGUAUAAUGCAUCUGCUGAUUUCCUAAGUGCCAGCUACCCCCAUUAGUUAAUUUACUUGAAUGCGAAAUUUUGACAGCAAGUAGUGUUGUAAUCAAAGAAAAGAUAAGUACAAGUAUUUAGAAUUUAAUGUUCAUUUUCUAUAUUAAAUAUGAGUAUUUGAAUCAUAACAUUGAUUUUCUCUCGUAAAUAUUAGUUUUUGAAUCAUAACAUUUUCUAUCUCAAUUAAUUUUUAUAAGUUUGUAAAUUAUAUUGUUUUGUAUCUGUAUGUUUUUAUUUAUAAAACGACAUGCAUUUAUUGUUAGUUGCUGAAAGUCCUGCUUAAUAUGUUCAUGAGCAGAAAACAUCAUCUAGUAAUAGAGUAAUACAUUUGCUAUAUUUGCAACAUCAGUAGAAAAUGCAUUUAAAUAUACUUUUUGGUUUUGACCAAAUUACCAGUCUUCCUUUACUUAAGUAGUUUUCAUACAUGUUCAUGUGCUGCUGUUUUGAAUGGCCUACUGUAGAAGUGAGAUGCUGAGCCCCAUGGCUAAUUUAGGAGUGGUCUCAAGUCGGACUAUAGACUCAGACACACACUUUCUUGUGAAUAAAUGUUUGAAUGAUGAAUACUACUGAAAAAGUAACUGUGCGUGUUAAGACAUUUGUCAAAAAUGAUUUUAAAAUGUUCAGGGGGCCGUUUCAAUAAAGGAGUUGAGUCAAACGUUCAGGGGGCCGUUUCAAUGUAGGAGUUGAGUCAAACGUUCAGGGGGCCGUUUCAAUGUAGGAGUUGAGUCAAACGUUCAGGGGGCCGUUUCAAUAAAGGAGUUGAGUCAAACGUUCAGGGGGCCGUUUCAAUGUAGGAGUUGAGUCAAACGUUCAGGGGGCCGUUUCAAUGUAGGAGUUGAGUCAAACGUUCAGGGGGUCGUUUCAAUGUAGGAGUCGAGUCAAACGUUCAGGGGGCUGUUUCAAUAAAGGAGUUGAGUCAAACGUUCAGGGGGCCGUUUCAAUGUAGGAGUUGAGUCAAACGUUCAGGGGGCCGUUUCAAUGUAGGAGUUGAGUCAAACGUUCAGGGGGCCGUUUCAAUGUAGGAGUCGAGUCAAACGUUCAGGGGGCCGUUCCAAUAAAGGAUUUUAGUCAUAACUUCAAUUAUCUUAAAUCUGCAUAAACACAGCAAAUGGCAAUACAUUCAUUUUUCAUUCCUCAACUUUGUUGUAAUACUGGCUGAAGUUCAUUUCAUACAAAUAUGUAGCAUUAUACUGAAACUAGGGCACAAAGAUAAUUUCAAUUUAUAACUAAAAUCGACUAAAAUCUUUAUUGAAACAGCCCCCAGUUCAACUCAAUUUUCUAACACUGCAAUGCUUCUAUGAUACCAAUGGGCAUUGUCUUAUUUUAUAUAACUUUAUUGAUAUAUCAUAAAAUCACUUUUCCAGCUGCUAUUUCUAGGGUUAUUUAAAAACCUGCAUAUUUUUACAUGCACAGUUACUUUAUUCUGUUCUAUUAUACAUUAUACAAAAUCUGACAAUAAUAGUGACACUUGUGUUAAUACAUUCACCAAGGGGCCUUUUUUUGUCAAGAAUCCAAGAAAUGACUUUGUACCUGAAAAAGCAAUUUACUGUUAAAAACCACUCCUUGUUACAAAAUAACUCCUAGGAUUUAAUGAAACUGCUCCCUGUACCACAAUUUACUGUAUCAGUGCUUUCCCUAAUGGAAAUUUACUAUAAGUAAGAAUUUCAAUUUUGUGUUAUUAGUCGGAACUCACUACUUGAGACCUUCCCAAAAAUUGGGCCCUCGUUUUCUCCUGCCUUCUUGCUCAUAAUAUGUUUUGUUGUUUGUUACUGUUGUAAAAAUAUCUCUGUUAAGUAACUUACUGUAAUAAUAUGAAAGUGCAAUCAUUCUUUUUGUCACUGUACGGACAUUGUACUGACAUAAUAUCAAUAAAUGAUAUUUUAAUAAUUUUUAAA